AUGGAUAAGUAUACUGCUUUAAUUAAUGAUGAGAAUUUUUCAACUCUUACAUUGAGUGUCUCAAGAUAUCCCAAAAGUUUGGUAUAUUGGGAGAGAUUACUGAACUAUAUAGUAAAGGCUUCCGCACCAAUUUGCAAGUCCACUGAGCCUCAACUACUAGAGCUAAUACGACAUACAUAUUCUUCUAUGCUAAAUGAGUUUCCCUAUUUAGAAAACUACUAUAUCGACUUCGCAUUACUGGAGUACAAAUUGGGGAAUGUUUCUACCUCGCAUAAGAUAUUUCAACGCGGAUUGCAAGCCUUUAAUCAAAGAUCUUUGCUACUGUGGACGUCGUAUCUAAAGUUUUGUAAUAACGUUGUCUUAAACCAGAAGCAAUUGUUUAAAAAAUAUGAAACAGCUGAAGAAUAUGUCGGUUUGCAUUUUUUCAGUGGAGAAUUUUGGGAUUUGUAUCUGGAACAAAUCAGAUCAAGAUGCACAUCUUCAAAGAGGUAUUGGAACGUUUUGAGGAAGAUACUAGAAAUUCCUUUACACUCUUUUUCGAAAUUUUAUGCGUUAUGGUUGCAGAAUAUAGACGAUAUAAUGGAUCUGAAGCAGCUGUCACAGCUAACAAGUAAAGAUGAAUUAUUGAAAAAACUCAAGAUAGAUAUCAAUUAUAGUGGAAGGAAAGGUCCAUACCUUCAAGAUGCAAAGAAAAAGUUGAGGAAAAUAACGAAGGAAAUGUACAUGGUUGUUCAAUACCAAGUGCUAGAAAUUUAUUCCAUUUUUGAAUCAAAUAUUUAUAUCAACUAUUACACAUCUCCAGAAACCUUGGUUUCUUCAGAUGAAAUAGAAACAUGGAUAAAAUAUCUGGAUUACACCAUCACUUUACAAACCGAUUCUUUAACCCAUUUAAAUUUCCAAAGGGCUUUACUUCCUCUGGCCCAUUAUGAUAUUGUAUGGAUAAAAUACAGUAAAUGGUUGAUAAAUUCAAAAAAAGACCUUGUGGGGGCGAAAAACGUUCUAUUAAUGGGUUUGAAAUUUUCUUUGAAGAAGACCAAAAUAAUAAAAUUACUGUAUUCAGUUAUCUGUAAGUUGAAUGACUACGUACUUUUACGAAAUCUAUUGGAAAAAAUUGAGUCCUCAUAUUCUGACAACGUUGAAAAUGUUGAUGAUUUUGAGAUAUUUUGGGAUUACCUUCAAUUUAAAACGUUCUGUCAGAAUUCUCUGUAUUCUAGUCGAUAUUCUGAUUCUCAAUCGAACGGACUUCUAAAUAAAGAGCUAUUUGAUAAAGUAUGGAAACGUUUGAGCUGUAAAGAAAAGAAAAGUGGUCAAGAAAUUUUAUUGAAUAACUUAGUACAGUUUUAUUCAAAGGACACCGUUGAGUUCGUAGAAAAAAACAUAUUUCAAAAAAUAAUAACAUCUGGCUGGAAAUACUACCUACAGAACAGUAUAUUUUGGAACUGUUAUUGCCGUUUGAUUUAUUUCGAUGCUUCUAGAUCAUAUCUGGACAAGAGGCAAUAUAUUGUCAAAAAAAUAUGGCCCCAAAUAGACAAGAAAUUUGCACAGAGUGUUCUGCCAUCUUUAACAGAAUUCUGUCAAUCAUACUUCCCCGAAGAAAUGGAUACAUUAGAAGAAAUGUUUACUGAAGAACCUUAG